UCGAGGUGGUUUCGGCAGUCGUUUGUUGCCCACUUGAGAUAAGAGCGCAGGGCCACCAUUUUGGCUCCAUUCCACAACUGGAUUGCCACACCCUGAAUUUAUUCUUUUUGUCAUCUCAAAAAACAAGAUACUUCAGUCAUAUCAUGUCCAAGUUGAAUUACGUUUAAGGAAUUUAAUCAUCGUAGUAAUUCAGUACAAGUUUCUUAUCAGUUAAAUAUCUCGAUUUGUUAAGAAAAAAGUUUGCAGUUUAUCAAUGGCAUCGCCAAAGUCGAAUCAAAUUCUUGAAACCAUUAUUAAUGAGAAUUACGAGGCUCUCAGAAAUGCGUUGGAUGUGAGUGAAUCUUUGCUAAACCAUCUCGAAGUGAAUAAAAUUAUUACUGAGGAGGCUAUGGAUUCGCUGGUCAAAACUUACGGGGGAAAAAAUAAGGCUGACAGAUUGCUUAGAAUUCUACGUGACUUAAGGACCGAUGAUGACAUACCAGUAAUUAUGGACGCUCUAGGGGAUGAUGUUAGCCGUAAUAAAAAAGCUUAUCAAAUUUUUGAAGGGUGGGGUUCCAAUAAACGUUGUGAAACAAACCAUGACCCAGGAACAGAAACGAUCAAUCUAAUCCCAGUGGCGAAAUGCACCAGUGACAUGAAGCAAAUCAUUCAAAAACCCAGGAAAAUAGCGAACCUUGUAAUUCCCUGCCCCGGACGUACAUGUCACCCAACUAUUGAAUACGAGUGGGAAUGCUGGAAAUGUAAACAAGGGAUUGAAUACGGUUAUGAUAAUUUUUUCUACUGCCGCUGUGGUAAAGGCUACAUUAAUAUGUUCGAAUUCAAGUGUCCACACCCAAACCAUGGCGUCGGGUUUAAGGGAUACGACGUUAAAUGUAUGGCUCAACCUCCAACCUUUCAAGGAGAUGAAUAUUCUCAUCCUAGGAGAGACUGGUGUUGGAAAGUCGACCUGGAUUAAUGCAUUCAUCAACCAUCUCACUUUUGAAUCGUUGCAGGAGGCAGAACGUAACAAUUUUUGCUCCCUGAUACACUCGGAAUUCACCAUUUUGGACGAAGAUUUUAAUGAAAUCAAUGUUUUCACUGGAGUGGACAAGAAUGAGGUGAAGAAAGCCGGCGCUUCCCAAACUCAAGAGAGUAAAGUUUACACCUAUAACUUCGGUGACACCCGCAUCCGUCUCAUCGACACGCCAGGAGUUGGAGACUCUAGUGGGGUAGAGAAGGACAGGGAAAAUUUUCAGAACAUUUUAAGCACCCUUUCCUGUUUCAAAGAGUUGCAUGGGAUUUGCAUCCUGCUUAAACCAAAUAAUUCUGUUCUCACUGUCAUGUUCCGAUUCUACAUCAACGAGCUACUGACAUAUCUCCACCGUGAUGCCAGUUAUAAUAUUAUGUUUUGCUUUACUCAUACAAGAAGCACUUUCUACCGUCCGGGGGACACAAUUCUGGCCCUGAGGGAACUUUUCAAGCAGAAUAGCGGAAUUUCGAUUCCACUUUCUACACACACAGUCUACUGCUUUGAUUCUGAGGCCUACCGUUAUCUAGCUGUUGUGAAGAACGUAGCGCAGCUCGUGAAAUUUUGGGAUGACGAGAUGGAAAAUUUUGCAAUAAGUUGGGACAGAUCAAGCAAUGAGACGAAGCGAAUGUUGAGACAUAUUUCGACCCUGAAACCUCAUCCUGUUCAAAGCACCCUUAGUUUGAACCACACUAGAGAACUUGUACUUCAGCUGGCACGACCGUUGGCAGAAAUUUCGAAAAUAAUCCAGACUAAUAAGGAGAUUUUGAAGGAUAACCCGAAAGGGAUUACAGUAACAAAGGAAACGAUUAAUGAGCAGAAUUAUGAACUUGUGAGAGAUUGUGAAGGCCAAUUCGAAAUUUGCAGCUUUUCCCAAGUCUAAUGCAAUUAAGCCCUAUAAUGACGUCAUGCUGGAGUACAUGGACCACCUGGUUACUGAGGAGAGGAAUGAAGUUAAGCCUGGUGGGUCUGAGCAAAUGCUUUUACACCUGGAAUGUUCUCGAGGUUCGUAUAAGAAGCAGUUGGAAAUAUUGGAUGAAGCCAUGAAAAGGGGAGACAGUAGGGAUAUUCUGAAGCCACAAGAAGUGAACGAUUUGGUCCAACAUUUGUAUAAGUUGAAAAUUUAUGGAAAAUCUAUUCGGGAUUCUUUGAAGGCCGUGAACAAAUACUAAUAUUUCACAUUACCAGGAAGUCCCGAGUAACGACAAUGUCUUAAAUAGUGUUAAAGUUACACUUGGAUUAUGAAAAUUUUGAGUAACAAUAAUUUCAACCGGAAUUUGUUAAGACAGAAAAAAAUUUGAAUUGGAUAAGGUUCACAGGCUUUGUAGAGCUGAUUUUUCUGAAACCAAGGGUGGCAGUAGUCCGUCUCUACUCCGCCCCCGGCGGAGAGGGAGGAGCUUAAAGUCGAAAAAAUCUCUCGGUCUGCGACUUCUAGCGCAAAGAGGGGUCAAUAUUUUUGAAUGCGGUUUACACCAAAAGUUUCCUAAUUGUUUUCCGAGCAUUUUUGGAAAUUCUCAAAGGAAAAUCCCUGUUACACUAAAGGUAGCGACAGUUCAAGUCUCAAGAAACCCCACAAGUGGUAUCGUUAAAUAGGUGUGCGCGCGAGGAUUCAGAAAAUAUACACUUUGUCUUGUGCAUGACCAUUCCCUGACGAUGAAAUUUCCGUUGAAAUGACUUCCUACAUGAAAAUUAAGGUGGAAUUGAGUUGCGGACAACACCCAUUGGUUGGGGGAGGUCCUAUCAAUCCCAUUAUCGAACUCGACCCCGAAAUACAGAUUGGAAGCACAAUUGCGAAAACCGCGUUUGACUACGUUGAGGUGUUCUAGAGAUAUAUCGCUUAUGAAUGGACGGACAGACGGACGGACGGACAUAUGUAGUCACGUAUAUGAAUAUCGAAGUACCUUUUUUAUAAAUAAACAAAACUUGUAAAAGGUCUUGUCUCCAAUGCUGGGCUACUUUCUGGGAAUUCACUUUGCGAGGGAUAGCCAACCGAGUAAAGUAAGUAAAAAGGCUGAUUUUACCAUGAUUUGACCCUAUCGACACGACCAAAAGUUGGCAAUGCUAUUAAUGACCGAAACACAUUUACAUACGCACGUUGUUUAAAUGACACACAUUCUUAAAAAUUUUGAAACGUGAAUGCACUCUGAUUUCUAAAUUAAGUACAGUACACCAAAUCCCGAAAAUUUUUUUUUAUCAAACCAAGGUUACCCUGGAUUUUGUGUACAUAGUUUACUUGCUUAAUAUGAAAUGCGGAGUGUAGCUGCUUCUUACAAGUGUAACAUUAUUUUUAAGAGUACACGUAAAUUAAUAGCUCGAGAGUAAAUUAAUAGCUGGAUAAAUUUAGAAAAGUCAAAUUUUACAGAUUAUUCAUAAAAAUGAGAGCAUUAUCUUGAAGUAUCUGUCGGAAUCUGUACAUUAAACAUACAGUAAAAAAUUGAAUGCAAAUAAAUAAACUAUUUUGAAACAAUA